AUGCCCCGCUGGGCCGGCGCCCUGAGCGCCCUGCUCUUGCUCCCGCUGCUGGGAGCCCUGCCGGUCCUCGCCGCCGGCCCCAGGACGGGCACCCAGGGCGCGCCGCCCCCGCCGGGCAAGGAGCGGCGCAACGACUCGGAGCAGACGUUGCAGCCGCCGCUGCAGCCGCCGCCGCCGCCGUCGCCCCCUCCGCCGCCGCCGGGCGGCCGGGGCCGGGGCCGGGGCCGGGGUCGGGGCCGGGGGCCGGGCCCCGCGGCGGAGGAGGUGCUGGAGUCGAGCCAGGAGGCGCUGCACGUGACGGAGCGGCGCUAUCUGAAGCGGGACUGGUGCAAGACGCAGCCGCUGAAGCAGACGAUCCGCGAGGAGGGCUGCGCCACCCGCACCGUCCUCAACUACUUCUGCUACGGCCAGUGCAACUCCUUCUACAUCCCGCGACGAGCGCGCCGGGACGGCGGCGCCUUCCGCUCCUGCUCCUUCUGCAAGCCCAGGGCCUUCAGCACCGUGACCGUCACGCUCAGCUGCCCGGAUUUGCAGCCCCCCACCCGCAAGAAACGGUUCACGCGAGUGAAGCAGUGCCGCUGCAUUUCCAUCGACCUAGACUGAAGCCCGCGCCGCCCACGCCCCCCGCCCCGGUUCCUUCGCCCGCCGAUCCCCACUCCCGCGGCUCGCCUCACC